UAAUUGUGUGUGUGUGAACUGUUAAUAAACAGCUGAGACGUCUGUUAUUUAAAGACUUAAAUUUAUUUACUUAUUGGAUUGGAUGAUGGGCAGAUAUACAAUGUGACAUUUUUUAAUUUAAGCAUUUAUAUGAUGACAUCAAUUAUCCCCAUUCGAAAUUGCAUGACGACGGGUAUAAAGUGAUUAAAAUAAACUUUCUUUUGAAGCCUUCAUAUUAUCCACAACAUGUUAAAAAGAAAACUAUCACCCGUAAUAUAUAAAAAGUCAAAAAAUUUUAAAAAAUUCUUAGAAAAAUCUAAACAAAAACUAUUGAGAUCAAAUGACAAUCAUACAAACAAUAAAACAUCACUAACAACUCCAGUGACAAAUGAUGACUUCAGCAUAAGUGAAAAGCUUCAAAUAUAUGAUAAUGGUUGUGAUUAUUUCAAAGUGAUGAAUACUAAAGAGGCCACAAUGUCAACAACAUGUGAUGAUAACAAUGAUGAUGUGGAUGAUGAGAAAGUCGAUGGCAAUGAUGAUGCUGUUGAUGUUUUUGAUGAUGACAAUGACAAUAAACAAAGUGUUGCAAGUAGUUGUUAUGCCUCAAUUCUAACUGAUAAUGGCAGUGACAACAUUGAAACAGCAGCAGCUGCUGACGAUGAUGAUGCCAGUGAUUGUUGUGAUGAUACCAAUAAUCACUCUAACAACAACGGAAACAAUAAAAGUAAUAGUAGUAACAGAAAUAGAGUUAUAAAUGACAUCAGUACCAGUGUGGCCUCAAAUCUAAACAAGCAGAGUAACAAACAAAUUCAUCUUAACAAACCAACAACAUUAAUAAGAGGAACAAACAAGAAUCAUCAUAAAGUUUCCAAUAAAACCAAUGACACUGAUGACGAGCAUGUUGUUGGUAGCAAGGAUGACGACUACAAUGAAGUUGUUGACAACAUCAACUCUAACGUUGACAAUGUUAAAUACAAUAAACAUCAUAAAACUUGUGCAAAUCAACAACAGCAACAAGAUACCGACACAUAUGUUGAGUCUACUAUAAUACCAUCAUAUAUGCCAGUUAAAAUAAAACAAGAACAUUUGGACUCCUUGCCUUUACUAGCAAGUUCUUCAUACACUUUUCCUAAUUCUACCACAUCUUCUUCUUCAUUAUCCUCGUCAACUGUAUCGUCGUUGUUGUCAUUUGAAAAUUGUGAACAUCAUAAAAUCAAAAACUGUGAAAUUCAUCAGCAGCCACAACAAUCAUCAGUGGUAUCAGCAUCACAUGGUCAUAUUCAAAAUUCCAUUGUACAGCAAUUGGGCACUUUUGUCUCAAACUAUAGAGUGAGAGUAAAUUAUGGUCAAAAUUCAACUGGUUGUAGAAGAGACUCAACAACUUCAUUGUCCAAGUGGUAA